AGCUCAAGCUGCAACGCCGAUAGACACAGAUUCAGUCGAUAGUUUCGAAUGCCCGAGGCGAUACGUUUUUACAGUUACUUAAUAUUUUGAGAUACGAAGGCGCAGAUUCGCGAAUCCUCCUGAAAUUGCAUGUUUGAGCGCGCUUAUAUAAUUAUCAAUACUUUAUCGAUAUUUAAAUACUGAUACUCCUUGCAUGCACGUGACGCGAUGUCACACCAAUGACACAGUUUUCUCGUGAUGUGGGCUGCGCUGGGUAGCUAGAUAAGACAUUCAAUCUCUAAACUAUUUAUAGACACGAAUAAUAGGUCGUAGUUGCAGUUAUUGUUCGACGGUGCGCGCUCAAACAUGCAAUUUCAGGAGGAUUCGCGAAUCUACGCCUUCGUAUCUCAAAGAGUGAUCUUUGCGAACGGCGUCCGGCCGGCCACAUUGGUGGUGAGCGAGGAAAAAAUCCAGGAAAUAUCAUACGACACGGGUGAAGACGUUGUACGAUAUUUGUCACAGAAAUACCCCGGCAUUCUGUUUAACGAUUGCGGCUCGUUAGUGCUAAUGCCCGGAAUAAUAGACUCCCACGUGCAUGUAAAUGAGCCCGGAAGAACCGAAUGGGAAGGAUUUCGCACCGCUACACGCGCGGCCGCGGCCGGCGGUGUCACCACGAUUGCGGACAUGCCUUUGAAUUCUAUUCCGCCCACUACCACUUUGGUUAAUCUCGAAGCUAAAGCGAGGGCAGCGUACGCGAAAACGUUCGUAGACGUUGCGUUCUGGGGCGGAGUGGUACCAGGGAAUCGGCACGAGUUGCGAUCGUUAAUAGACGCAGGUGUAGUCGGUUUUAAAUGCUUCUUGUGCCCGAGCGGAGUCGACGAAUUUCCACAUGUCUCUGCGGACGAUGUGAGAGAAACUCUUUUGGAACUGCUGCCUACAAAGACCGUGCUGGCGUUUCACGCAGAAUACGAGCGCAAUGAAAAAACAACUCGGUCAACCGACAAUCCAGAGUUGUACGACACUUUCUUGCGUACUCGUCCCGAUCUCAUGGAACUCGAUGCUGUAAAAUUAAUUUGUGAUUGGUGUACAAAAUACAAAUUUCGAUGCCACAUAGUGCAUUUGUCAAGCGCGGAGUGUUUGACAUUAAUAAAUGAUGCCAAGGCUCGUGGUGCACCUUUAACCGUGGAAACGUGCUAUCACUAUCUGAUACUGACCGCGGAAGAGAUACCGGCAGGUUCCACUGAAUUCAAGUGCUGCCCGCCGAUCAGGAGGAAGAGUAAUCGAGAACAAUUGUGGCACGGUGUUAAAAACGGAACGUUAGACAUGAUUGUUUCGGAUCACUCUCCUUGCGUGCCGGAAUUGAAAACUCGCGGAAAUUUUCUGACCGCUUGGGGUGGAAUCUCCUCAUUGCAAUUCGGAUUGCCACUGAUAUGGACAGCCGCGAGAACGAGAGGUACACCGUUGUCCGAAAUCUCGAAGCUAUUGAGCAGCCAGCCCGCAAGACUGUGCGGCCUUGAAGACCGUAAAGGUAAUCUGUCAGUUGGAAUGGACGCGGAUUUCGUUAUUUGGGAUCCAGAGGAAUCUCUUACGGUUGAGGCAGAUGACAUUCACUACAAGAACAAACUGACACCGUAUCAAGGAAGGAACCUGUUUGGAAGAGUGAUCGCGACUGUCCUUAGGGGACGAUAUGUUUUCAAAGAUGGAAAGAUUUGCGACGAACCUGCAGGGAGAUUAUUGUUAAACGCAGAUAUCUUAAAGGCAAUAGAAACCCGAUAAACUUCAUUUCAUUUCGUAACUCGCAGCGAAGCUUUACGAUUCUUUCAUUUUGAAAUGAAUCAUCUACACGUAACGCGAUAUUAGAAACAUAACAAAUUAUAUGAAGAAUAUUUUUCACGAUAUUAAUUUCCAGUUUAUAUUGUUUACGUAGUUGAACUCAUUUUCUUUGUGUCUUCUAAUCGAAAGUUGAUACCUACAGACACAAAUGUUGCUCGUCCAGUAUUAGAAAUAGUCGACGGUGUUGCGAAAUAAUUUCAAAAUUCAAGAAAGAAAUAUAUUCGUAAAAGUGAAACUCUUCGGCCGAUGCGGGUAACAGCAAAUCUUGCCUGUGUUGUAUAUUGGUCAAUGGGGCACCGAUAUUCAUAGCAGGUCGCACGACGUUCCUCGAGAACGUACCGAGUGAAAUGGCUCGAAGAUUUGCGUCGUCGAUUUUUCGGUAUUUACUCCAGUUUUAUUUGCACAAAACACUGGAGAUUUUUCGUUGCGACAUCUAAAAAUUACUAUAAAUAAUGCUCGCAAAAAGAUACAUUAAAUUACAAGCAAAAUGUUAAACGUAAGAAUACUUUUACUAACGCCUUUAUCUGAUAUCCGCGUAUGACAUAAGCGAAAAUGUAAGAGAAAAUAAUAUUUACAUAUUCUGCGA